GUAUUUCGUCGCCAUUUUGCGACGGAGCAGGUUGAUUUGGCAGCGAAGGAAGCGUUAUUUCGUCCCCUUGGACGACUUUGGGGAUUCGAAACUCCCCUGUGUAGUUUUAAGUUUUUUCUUUACUUUUCUGUUAUUGAUUGAAAUCUCAUACAGAUUAUCAAGUAUAAUUUUUUCAUUAUCAAAUAUGUCUUGUUAGAUUUUUAAUGCCAUGAAGAAACAAGAGUGCAAAGUAAAUACUCCGGGCGGAGUUUGUUUCGCUCUUGUUUUUCCAAAGAAAUUACACGAAGUUUUUGUUAAUGUUAGACGAAUCUACUAUGGAAAGAAAGGGAACUGGUCGCAGCUCUUCAUCAAAAACUAACGGGCCUGAUUCAAAAGUAAAACAAGAUGCAACGCCAAAAUACCCUCGUUCAACAAAACAAAGAGAGAAUCCUGGGGUUCGCUCUGAACCCAUUAGAAAACCUACCCCUCAAAGGAGUCGUACUACCAAUGACAAAAGGCCACGGCCACGUUGUGGUAUUAACAUCAGUAAAAACAAUGGACCCAAUUAUAAUGGAGAUAGGAGUCAGAUAGUGGAAGAUAUGGGUGCUGAAGUUGGCUCUGCCCAGAACCCUGGUUCCAAAAAGAUUAAUUUGAAUCAUCUUCUGAAUUUUACUUUCACCCCACGGGAGUGUGGAUAUGGUGGAAACUUGCGGCAUAAAGGAGGACCACAGCGACGAUCAACAUUGCCUAGAUACAACAAAGAGAAAUUCUUACAAGCAAAUUACCAGUUCAUUGUACGUAAAGAUGGAAAUUAUACAGUCCAUUCAGUGGAUCCAGACAUCCUAGUAGACUGGUCUUUGGUUGAGGAAGUGAGAGUUCCCAGCUAUGAAGUUCCUUCCUGCCCCAUUUGUCUGUAUCCACCCACUGCUGCCAAGAUAACCCGCUGUGGUCACAUCUACUGUUGGUCUUGCAUAUUACACUACCUGUCCUUGUCUGAUAAUUCCUGGCGCAAGUGUCCCAUCUGUUAUGAAGCUGUACAUAAAGAUGAUUUAAAAAGUGUUGACUUUGUCAAUAAAAUCACUCAGAAAAUUGGAGAUAUUAUAAGUCUUUCUCUUAUGAGAAGAGACAAAGGGUCUGUGUUUGCUGUCCCUGUCACUCACUGGAAUGGAGUUAUUGAAAAACCUUUUUACAUUGAUGAGGAUGCUGCCACCACGUGCUUUCAGAAACUUCUGUUGGCUUCCCCAGAACAAGUGAACACCAUUUUAAAUCGAGAAAGAUAUGAAAUGUUGGCUCAACUUAAAGAGGAAGGUGAUACCCCGGAGUCUUGCUAUAUAGAGUCAGCCUUACAGAUCUUGAAUGAAAGAGAAGGUGCUCUUCAGAAACAGCAGUUACUACAAGAAGAAACUUCGCUGCUUAUGUCUCAGUUACACAUCUCAAAAGCAUUUCCCUCAUAUGGUGCUGAUGAUGCACUGAAUGUAGCAGCAUUACGAUCAGAAGAAUGGAAAACAGAGAAGAACAAAAGCUAUGUAGACCCUUUUGCUGAUGAAAAUGAUGACCUGGUUAAUUUAAGUGCUACUGGAAGUAAUGAAAAUACAGUUUUACUCACAAACUCAUCUGCAAGUAUCUUUACUGAAGAACAACUCUUCAGUAAUGCUGGGACAGGAAGUGGCAUACAAAUCUGUGAGCGAACUUCAUUUCUUGAGUUGAACAAUCCCCAGAGUUGUACUGAUGUAGAAAGAAUUGAUACCAAGAAAUUUGGCAGAGAAAACUAUUAUUUUUAUCAAGCAUCUGAUGGACAGAAUAUUUUUCUACACGCACUGAAUGUUCGUAUGUUGGUAAAGGAAUAUGGAAGUCUGGAGAACUGUCCUGCUACAAUAACUGCUAAAAUACUGGAACUUGAGGGUGCUUCUGUGGAUGAGGCCAGUAGGAAACGUAUGAGAUAUCUUCGACACUUGCCAGUGACUUGUGAAUUUCAGUUUGUGGAGCUUGAAUUAAAGCCUCCUGUUGUGUCUAAAGCAACUGUAGAUAUGUUUAUGAGUGAAAUAGUGAAACGACGACGUUUAAGAAGCCGAAAAGCUCAACAGGAAAAAAAUAGAGAAAAGUAUAUUGAAAUAGAAGAAAGGAAGAAACUAGGAAAAUGUCCUGGAGCUAGAUAUCACCUGGACAGCUUACAUCACUUCCCAACUUGGACUGGUCCUGAAAACUUCAACUUGGAAAUCCAACAUUUAACAGACAUACCUCCUUCCAGACCAGAAGAAGAAUCUAUUUCGUCGGAGACAUCAUCAACAACUGAUUUGGUCUCUACUGCAGCCAGUGAUUCUCCUCAAAUUCACUCUUUUAGCAGCUCUGAAGAUAAUGCAACUGUCAGACCCACAUCUUUUGCUGAGAUGCUACGAGAGAGCAAGUCAAAACAUGAUCACUGGGGGCAGCCAGUGAAGCAACAAGGAAAGCAAACUGCAUCUUAUGACAUCAAAGUUAAAGAAGCUAGUUCUGCUGAAGAAGAUUAUGUACCAGUUCCUGAAUACCACCAAUCUUUCAGUGAUGCUUUCCAAGCUGCUUUGGAUAGCAUAAGCCAGCAGAAUACUUCACAUGAACAAGAACAGCGUGGAGGUAAAAAGAAGAAGAAAGUAAAGAAAAUGGUUCUUAUUGCUACUACAAUGAACCGAGGGAAAUGAUUGCACACUAGUUAUGAGGGAUGUUUUUACUUUGUUUCUUUGUUCUAAGAUUCUUUAAAGCAUUACAUAGGCAACAUAGAUAGCUCUGAUAAAUGUAACUUUUAUUGUUUAGAUAAUAAACUACAGUCAUAACUAGUAUUAUGUUAAAAAAAUAAAAAGAUGUUAGCUAGAUGUUGCGUAUUUGUAUUUUAUUGUUAGUUAUCUUGAGAAUUUCCAGAAUUUGUUCUACUAAUUCAGUUAAUCUUCAUUAAAUUGUGAUUUGUAAGUUCAGUUGUACUUGUACAUAAUGAUGCUUUUAAAAAGAAAAAAGAACAUAUCUUUGAAAUUUUUGUAUUCGUUCAUAGCUAAGUUGCUUAUUAGUAGACUACUAAAUUCAGAGUAUCACAAAAGAAAUGUUUCAAAAAAUGAUUUUCACUAUUUUUUCUAUUUGUGAUUGUUUGAUUUCAAACAAUCUGACUUUUUCUUUGUCUCUCUUAAACUUAUCAAUCCGUUGAUUGGAAACAUGUUUUAUAACAUUAACUUUUUAUCCCCCUUGGGAUUAAAACCUUAUGGUAUGUGAAGAUCUGUAAAUUUUUUGUAAAAUGUUGAUGUAUUUUUAGGCUAUAACCUAAGAAAAUUAAUUUUUUUAAAGAAUAUUUGCAUAAAAAGUGGGUAGUUUUCAAGAUGACAAAUGUUCAUAGAAAUCUUAUCUGUAGUUCAUAGAAAUUUUAUCUGUAGUUUUUUGGAAGCUGAUUUGUUUUCGUUUCUUUUAAUUCUAAAGUUAGGAUGAAUUUUUUUAUUUCUUUCUGUUCAGUGAUAUUUCUUGCUGUUUGGCCAGCUUCACUUUUGCUCAGAGCAACUAAUGUGAUCCUGUGUAUAGAAGUGGUCUUGUAAUAAAUGAGGUGGAUACAUUGAAUUUA